CAUUUCGGCACUAGCCCACGUCAAGCGCGUUGUUUGUCUUCAACCCCACAAUCCCGACGUGCAGUGAGCGUGAGCGUGAACAGGGCGAUUGAGAUCAAGUCGAAGAGUCGCAGCGACGACAUCACCGCCCUACGGCCGCCACACCCACUGGCAUCCUCAUCACAUGACCCCGCCAAGCCGCUAACUCCCUUUGCGCGCGGACAAACGCUCAGGCUAGAGAGACCUCGCAGACGUUCACCACCCAUCCCGAUAUCACCAAGACUUGCGCCCGCAUCUCUCCAUCCCCGCAACACGCUGUUCCUGACGCGUACUGCGGUCUCUGACCCUUUUCGAGUGCGCCUGCGCCCCUACCACCCGCCACUCGCAAAUUGCGCGCUCUGCUUCAGCCUCCUGGAACGACGCGACUCUGCGACGGGCGGACUCCCGAGAGUCUCUCAUCGGCCUCAUCCUCAAGAGAGCUUCUGCCACCACCACUCCCCCCCGAUAAUGUCAUAG